CCCAUCACUUUAACAGAUAGAAGAAGCCAGCAACGUUACGUGUUCCAUAUCUGAAAGCGGCUUUAGUGGCUACGUUGAAACGAUAACGGGAGGUUGGAGGUUAGUAAGCAACAAGGUGCUUUUUAAAAAAAAAUGUAUCUGUUGCCAGCUGAAGGGGAAUCAACGACAUUUGAGGCGUUGCCUUUCGGCCACCGUCAGAGACCGACCAGCCAAUCUCAGAGGACCAACCGUCACACACUCGAAAUGCCUUCCACUUGUAACUUGUAGCUAACGUCUGGCUGUAACAAAUUCAAUGGAUUGUAUCGGCAGCUAGCUUCUUUCAUCUUAACCCACUAUGUAAGCGGUGUUGUGACGGACGGCAUUUGACUCGUGACUGAUCGCAGUAAGACGGUACAGGAGGACCUAGUUACAUCAAAACAACGACAAGGAAAGACCCACCGAGACUGUGCGAUCGAGCACUCUCAGCGCAGAAGCCCGUGUUCACAGUCCUUUCGGCGAGAGCGUUUUUAACCGUUUGACUCCCCCAAAAGCCUGCGCCUUCACCCGUCUCAACACCCUGAAGGCUGAGAGAGAGAGAGGAGGGAGGGAGGCAACGGCAGCUCCGGGGUCCCCGACACUCAGCCGAGGGGAGGCAUCGCUGAAAUGAGAUGAGGCUCAGAAAUGGAACUGUGGCCACUGCGAUUAUUUUCUUCACGUCUUUCCUCAGCCUGUCCUGGUACACAGCGUGGCAGAAUGGCAAAGAGAAGCUGAUAGCAUACCAGCGGGAGUUCCAUGCCUUGAAAGAGCGCCUUCGUGUGGCAGAGCACAGGACGCUGCAGCGCUCGUCUGAGCUCAACAACAUUCUCGAGCAGUUCAGAAAAGCUAUUGCCGAGACCAACAGCAGCAAAGAUGCCCUCACAAACUUCUCAGAUGAGACACAGAAACUACUGAAGGAGCUCACAAAUAGGAAACCUCUCCAGGUGCCAAAUAUCUACCACCAUCUGCCUCACCUUCUCAACAAUGAGGGCAGCCUGCAACCUGCCGUGCAAGUUGGUCUCGGCCGCACAGGAGUUACCAUGGUGAUGGGAAUCCCCACAGUGAAGCGGAAGGUGAAGUCUUAUCUGUCAGAGACGCUGCGUUCACUAAUAGACAAGCUGUCACCAGAGGAGAAACUUGACUGUGUCAUUAUUGUCUUCGUUGGGGAGACUGAUGUGGACUACGUUCACAGCGUGGUUGCUGGUCUGGAGAAAGAGUUUUCUACAGAGCUGAAUUCUGGCUUGUUGGAGGUGAUCUCCCCACCAGCCGCCUAUUACCCCGAGCUCACCAACCUCAAAGAGACUUUUGGAGACUCCAGAGAGAGAGUCAAAUGGAGAACCAAGCAGAAUCUGGACUAUUCCUUCCUCAUGAUGUACGCUGUGAACAAAGGAGUUUAUUAUGUCCAGCUGGAGGAUGACAUUGUGGCCAAGCCCAACUACUUCGCCACUAUGAAGAACUUUGCCCUGCAGCUCUCGUCAGAGGAUUGGAUGAUCCUGGAGUUCUCUCAGCUGGGCUUCAUUGGAAAAAUGUUCCAGGCUCCAGACCUGAACCUCAUUGUUGAGUUCAUCUUCAUGUUCUACAAGGAGAAGCCCAUCGACUGGCUGCUGGACCACAUUCUCUGGGUCAAAGUCUGUAAUCCUGAGAAAGAUGCGAAACACUGCGAGCGGCAGAAGUCCAGCCUACGUGUGCGGUUUAGACCCUCCUUGUUUCAACAUGUGGGACUCCAUUCUUCUCUUGCUGGAAAGAUUCAAAAGCUCACAGACAAGGACUUCCUGAAGCCACUGCUCCACAAGAUGCAUGUAAACCCCCCAGCUGAGGUUUCCACUUCAGUGAAGGUGUAUCAGGGUCACACACUAGAGAAGACGUACCUAGGAGAGGACUUCUUCUGGGCCAUCACGCCUACUGCAGGAGACUACAUCCUUUUCAAAUUUGACAGACCUGUUAGCGUAGAGAGGUUCCUGUUUCGCAGCGGUAACCAGGAGCACCCAGGAGACAAAAUCGAGAACACCACGGUGGAAAUAUUGCCUGUCUCGGAACCUGGACUGCAGACCAAAGAGAAGUACAAGCGUACUGAAGACCGGUUUUACAGGAUCGGUCAGUUUGAGAAGGGUGUGGCAGAAGGAGCUGUAGAUCCUUCCUUCAAUCCUGUCCUGGCACUUCGGCUUUCAGUUCUCAAAGACUCUGCUGUGUGGGCGAUCCUCAGUGAAAUACAUAUAAAGAGGAUAGCUGGCUGACUCUUCUGGAGUGGGCACAUGAAUCGUGGCCCUGGGGGGACCAAAAUCUCCUAGACUGCUUACGCAGGGUCUUUGGCGCACCUAACAACCAGCAGUGAAGAUAUUAGAGCCCACUAGAUUUGCUCGUCUGAGUUUGUCUGAGGAACGCUGCCUCUGUGUCCCUGCUCUUCCUAAUGUACUUUAUUUAGCUUCUCAUCAAUCGAUUUCUCCCUUUUCUUUUUGCAUCUCUCCCUCACUCUUGUGCUCUUAAUUUAUUUGUGAGAAUGUGAAUACUACUGUCUAAAGAACAACAGUGGAGGGCGUGAAGACAUCUGUUCCCAGCUCUGGCUAUCAAAGUGACUGUGUUGCUCAGCAGCUUUGAACACAAUCAGAAAACACUUGGACGAAUGAGGACAAAUCAUCACACAUGGGGAGAACCAGGCCCCUGGCCACCGGUGCAGAUGCUGCCAAAUCCUUCUGUUACUCAUUGCUGCCACCAUUGGGUACGCUUGGGCAUUGCACUGUCACUAGCGCCUCAGCACAGCCUGUGAUGACCGAGAAUGUUUUCAUCACAAUUGGCUACUUGCUCUUGACAGAGAUGAUGGAGCUCUAGAUCAACACCAGCCCAAACAAAAAUGUUUCCUUCACUCCCAGAGUAUUGUCAGCCACACUUAAAUACUCCGCUAGUCCUGAAACACAAACUCAGGAUGAGCUUGUGGUUUCCAAAAUCCUGCCUUUAGCCAGUCAGUAUUAACGUUGACUUGUGGCCAGGUUUUGUGGUAACAUCCCCAAUCCAUCAAGAACACAAGUACCAUGACACCAUAUCUAGCUCACCUCCUGUCUGACGGGCUGUGUAGGACCUCAGUGUCCAUUUAUAGGAAACUAAUCAGAUUGCCUUGGCAUCAUCUUCCCCGAAGGAAUAUAUUGAUAUAUUAUUAUUAUAGCUUUGACGAUCUAUGAAGGUGACUUAAUUUAUUUGAAAUAAAUCUUUAAUUUGUACAAGAGGCAAAAUAUAUUUUUAUUCUAUUAAGAGAUGUUUAUGGUAUUUCAGAGUCUGUGUUAUUUGUGUGUUGAUGUGUUUGUUUGUUUCCAAAUUGUACAUUUUAUUGUUGGCAUUGCAGCUACUUGCGAAUUUGCUUUGUUUACUGUUGCAAGUAGCUCGGUUCAGUUUGCGCCAGUUUCUUUUCACUUGAAGGGAAGCACUACAACUAAAAUGAUUAAUUUUCACUGUUUUAAACUGAGUGGUAGGAGAAGGAUUAAUAGAUUCUGUUGAAGUAGAUGGGGGUCAAAAUUGCAAAAUUGUGCCUUAUGUCCAGGUCCAUUGAAAUGAUCUCAGCAACAUUAUAUCGAUCUGUUCCCCCACGCUUUUACCUACAAUUUGAUUGCUGGAUAUACUAAUAUUUAUAAAAUAACACACACAGACCACUUAGUGAUUGGAUGUUAAGAAUAAUUUCUGUGUUAUGUUGAGUGAAAGUGAUUUUAAAAAAGAGGGUGGGUUUUGUACCUGAUUACCAUGUGAACCAGACUGAUUUGCACUGCUUUUUCACUAUUCUUUUGUUGCCAUCACACCCUUCACCCUCGUACUUAAAUUUUCCAUCUUCCCACAGUAGAUGCUCCUUUCACGUAACAAUGCAUUUUGUCCAAUGAAGUAUCUUUUUUUCGAUUGGACAGAAUAUUAUGACUACUUAUCGCUGCAGAAAGCGCCUCUUGUUGUGUGAUUUGGCUGAGGUUGUGUAGUACUUUCACUGAUUUUUAUAUAUAUAUAUAUAUAUAUAUAUAUAUAUAUAUAUAUAUGUUCAAUAUUUCUUUCCCCCUCUCUCUCUCUUCUGCCUCACUUGAUAGUUUGUUGAAAUUCCCUUGACAUGUUUUGUAUUUGUGUGUGGGGCCAAUGGUUUUUGAUUGGAAGCUAUUUUUACAUUGUAAGGGUUUAUUUAAGGGGGUAGUGAAGUGCCUUUUGGUGGAGUUGAUGAGAAAAGAACAAUCUUUGCUUGUUCACAUGCAUGAUCAUUUCUUUGUAAUUUAUAAAUUAUGUUUUUGUUUUUUUGGUCAGAGCAGGCUCCUCCACCCCCUGAUCAAACCAUCCAUGAUAGUUUUACUCAAGAAAACUGAAGUAGCUUGAUCGUUAAUUGGGAGAAGAAGAGAGCAAGACAUAUAAACAGUGGAAUAUGUUUUGAAAGACACUUGUCCUACAUCUACAUACAAACAGAAACUGAAUGCAUGGAAAUGGGCGGUCGUGUGAUCCUUGCGAUCCCUCUAACUGUGGAACGUGGACAGGAGAAAAAAAACUUCUCUUGCUUGACAACCCCAUACACCCAUCAGUUCAUGUGCCUUCAUCAUGUACAUGUGUAUGUUUGCCUCUGAUGUUUUUUGGCAUCAUUUUUCAUGGACAUUUUUGAAAUAAAUGAUCAAAUUUAGAAGUCAU